AUGGCAACCCGUGCAAUAAGUAAUAUCAAAUUGUUGAAUCCAUCAGCUACUUUGUACCCUGAAUUAGGUGUGUGUUUGGACAACAAACCAAUUAAAUUGAAGCUAAGAAAGGGCGAGCAGUAUUCGUGGUGUGCAUGUGGUCUGUCCGGAACACAGCCAUGGUGCGAUGGCAGUCAUCGUGCAGAAGGUAUCACAACGCUGAGACCCGUACUUUUUGAAGUCGAAAAAGAUGGAGAAUACAACAUUUGCGUAUGUAAAGCAACAAAAAAUCGUCCACUGUGUGAUGGUCACCAUGUUAAGGUACAAAAACGGCGACAUACCAAUCCACCUCAACUUUGUGUAUAUGCCGAAUCACCUGUUUAUGAAGGAGUAGCCAAUAAGCUCGGAUACAAACCAAAACAAGGGCGUUGGCAUUUCUGA